AUGGGCGGUGACAGACGCUACAGCGCCUAUUAUCAGAAGGAUAACGACAAGAAGUGUUAUGUAGGAGUUGCUAAGCCAUCGUUGAACUGCAUUUUUGAGUGGAAUCAAGGGCUGUUUGAGGACGCGAAUGUGAAAUAUCGUGGUGUUCCGUUUUACAGAGGUUCACUGCACUCCCUCGCUGGCGCAGGCCCACUGAACGGGUACGAGUCCUACUGGCACCAUGGUUACCCUGCGCACGGCCAAUUGUAUUUAAUAUCUCGCCUGGAUACGAAGGGGGGAAGUGCGACGGCAACGUGGUACGACGGGGCAGCCUAUGCCUUCAAGGACUCUGAUAUGCCUUCUGCGGCAUUCGGCAUUGUCUGUGAGGUGCAAGAUGUAAUUACUACGGCGACGACGGAGGCCCCGACCACGACGACGACGGAGGCCCCGACACGACGACGACGGAAGCCCCGACCACGACGACGACGGAAGCCCCGACCACGACGACGACGGAGGCCCCGACCACGACGACGACGGAGGCCCCGACACGACGACGACGGAAGCCCCGACCACGACGACGACGGAAGCCCCGACUACGACGACGACGGAAGCCCCGACAACGACGACGACGGAGAUGGUGGUGUCGUGGGCGCAUGA